AUGGCAACUUCAUACUCGAUGCCUGCCUAUCAGAACAGCGCGCAUCUUCCUCCCAUCAACUAUCAGGGCUUGCCCCCGGCCGGCCAGCAGGGCUACGUGCCGCAGCCGCCAUAUCGGAAUGACAUGCAACCACGGUAUCCACCCGUGUCUGCGGCAGGAGGUGGCCCAUCUCAAGACAGAUACAGUCAACACAUGACCCCUCCGGCUCCCUCGAUGGGACUGCCGCCCUCAUCAAUGCUGCCGCAGCCACCGAAUCAGCCAACACCGCCUCAGAGCUAUCCCCCACAACAACAAACGCGUCAAAACUACCAGCAGCCCUUGGCACCGGCACCUCCGCGUUCAUCCAUGGAUGCUUUGGGUAGCAGCUACGGUCAACACGAUGGUCGUGGGCAAGCAUGGUCCGGACCUGAAGGAAUGCCUGGCAUGACGUCCGAUGUUGGACGCGAUCCUACUCGCACCCACGUCGUCGGCUCGCAGGGUCGUCGUGGCAUUUUGCCAAGCGCACCUGGUCGUCCUCCAGUCUCCGCCAAUGGUCUGAACGGGUCGCCCAAAGGUGGACAGAUACCCCAGAAAGAUGCCGACGGCAAAUUUCCUUGCCCGAACUGCACAAAGACAUACCUACACGCUAAACACCUAAAGCGUCACAUGCUGAGACAUACUGGCGAUCGCCCAUACAUGUGUGUUCUGUGCAACGACACCUUCUCAAGGUCCGAUAUCUUGAAGCGACACUUCCAAAAGUGUUCGGUCCGACGUGGCAAUCCUACUGGUGCUUCCCAUCUGUCCAACCCAGCCGCUCAUCUCAAGAAAUCUCAAGCAGCUGCCGUCAAAGCCGCUGCCAACGCUGCUGCCAACGCAGGUCACUCCUCUCCAACCGCACCACAGACACCCACCAGCGGAAGCCUGCCUGGUGGGCCCUACACAAGCACUUCCAUGGCUCCGAGCAGUGUCCCUACAACUGCCGGAGGCGCGCCUGCAACUUCCAUGUCGUACACCAUGAGCACCCCUGCUCAGGCCGAUAUGCAGCGCCCGCAGUCUACGAGUCAGGGCCAGGACCACAACGGCAGCGGUCAGUGGGCCAUGCACGGUGCUCGCGAUCAACCAGCGAUGUACCACCAGGGGUCCACGAACUCCGACCACUAUGCCAUGCAGAACCAAGGUGGUGAAGACAAGCACGACUGGGGUCAAAUGUUCCAAGGCAGCGCUGAUCAGCAGUACAUGAACCCUGUCUUUUCUGGCUAUGGUCAGGCGCAGAGGAACGGCACUCAUGAGAACGGGGCUAAUGGUUAUUAUCUGCCGCCUGCGUCUCUUGGAGCAAAUCCUGAUGGAACUGCCCCACGAGCGGCCAAAUAA